GAGAAGAAAGGAACGCAGAGGGAACAGUUACUUUUCUUCAAGGGAACUGUGAGCUGAGCGGAGGUUGCACUUAGAGAGGAGGCACUCGGUAAAACGCAGUGCAUGAACAUUUACGAACGAUGGUGAAGUUUCACAACUCAGACCUCUGGAUAGCCUGGGUGGUCAUUUUCUUCAUGAAGGGUUUACUGUUGGAUCUACAGGCUGGAAAAGUGUGUGUUCAGGCGCUGGAUGUGACUGUGUCCCAGAGCAGUAUCCAGGUGGCCCGUGGCCAAGCAGCCGUCCUCCCUUGCACCUUCACCACCAGUGCUGCCCUCAACAAUCUGAAUAUCAUCUGGAUGGUGAUACCACUGUCCAAUGCCAACCAGCCUGAACAGGUCAUAAUUUACCAGGGCGGCCAGGUGUUCAGCCUCGCCAACCAUCUUAAUGGUCGUGUGGGCUUUGUGGCCACCAUGCCAAGUACAAGUGCCUCCAUCUUCAUCAACAACACCCAGCUGUCUGACACUGGGACAUAUCAGUGCCUGGUCAACAACCUCCCAGACAGAGGGGGGCGCAACAUCGGGGUCAUUGGGCUCACUGUGCUAGUGCCCCCCUCUUUGCCAUCAUGUCGAAUCCAGGGCACGCUGGAUGUAGGCAGUGACAUCAUGCUGAUCUGCAGCUCAGAAGAGGGUAUUCCCACACCAUCGUACUCCUGGGAAAAGCUGGAUGCUCUGCCCAAACUGCCGCACAACGCCAUGCAAGACCAGAUGCAAGGUACCGUCACGCUGAGGAACAUCAGCACCAGCACAUCAGGACUCUACCAGUGCACCUCCAGCAACGCAAUAGGCAAGAGCACCUGCCUGCUCAACCUGCAGGUUGUAGCACCUCAGCCUCAGAGUGUGGGACUGAUCGCAGGAACCAUCGCUACAGGGGUCUUAGCUGUCAUCAUCUGCUCCCUGUUAGUGGCCGUCACGCUCUUCUACUGGAAAAACAAGAACAGAUAUGAUGAAGAGGAGAUCCCAAAUGAGAUCAGAGAAGAUGAUCUUCCUCCUAAGAGGUCGUCGUCAGUGAAGGCUUUUCAUGCGGAUGCUUCAUCCUCAGAAAAUGACACUCUAACGUCCACCAACACUUACAACAGCCGCUACUGGCACAGCCCUAAACCCAACUAUGACACCAACUCAUACACACGCUACAACGGAGACACUCGACACACCUUUACGUCCUCUCAUGGACAAGGCCAGGGACAGAGCACAGGACACAGCCACAGUACGGUGGUCACGGCUCCAGGUUCAGCACCACCGACCCGCCACAUGCAGCCCACAACAACAACGACAUCAUCGUUUGCCAAUGGCAGCCACACGUUACCGCCACCAAAGACAUUGGUCGUUACUACAAACUCUGCCCCCUCCCCUCCUACAAUGGUGCGCAGCAAUGGCUCUGUGAGCCUUAAACCUGUGGUACCUUCCCCACAUGGGCAACAUACACACUCCUACGCUGUGAGCCAAGCCACGCUGGAGCGCAUGGGGGCGGUGCCUGUCAUGGUGCCAGCCCAGAGCAGAGCGGGCUCACUGGUCUGAAGUCUGAACUGUUAUCUUUGAAGAAAAAAAGAAGACAAUAUUUGAAACACGCUAAUGAAAAACAGAAAAAGGAAUGAUGCCUAGAGCUGCCCUUUACUGUAUAUUUCAACAUCUCAACCUUUUUAUCUUCAAACAAACUGGAGUUUUAAAGUGCACAGUUCAUUAAUGCCAUUUCCUUGUUGGACUGGACCCUGAAUGGACAAAGCUCUACAAGGGAUUUCAUCAUCCACUAAUCGGAUACGUUUCCCUGGCAUAUGUGGCUGGAAGUAUUUUUUAACCCCUUGGGUGGUUUAACAACCUAAACAUUUUUUAUUGGUUAACUCAUUGGGGUUCUUUUUAUUUUUAUUUUUUAAUUUGUUCUAUUUAAUUUUUGGAUUACAAGCAGCAUAACAUGUUUUGGUUUUUUUCCAUCUCAGUGUGUCCAUACUGCAUGGUAAGGCA